AUGAAAUCAGCACUUGACUGUGGGGUCCGUUUUGUUCGCAAUAGUCGCAUUCUCCACACGCCAGGCAAAUAUGGGCUGCCUGUGACGAGUAGCAAGAGGAAUAUCCAACCUCCCGUUUCCGGGAACAGCCGAUGGUACUCUCAUGGCCCGCUUUUCGGAAAUCACAACAACACGUUUCGCACGACGACCAGACAGGGCGCGUACGGCAGCACCGAGGUUUUGAACGAUGAUCUCGUCUCGGACAAGAUCCCUCGUGUCAAGCUGGCGUACGAGGUGGUCACAGAGCACAGCUCGACGUACUUCCCGAAGGCGCCGGUGAUCAUCCUGCACGGGCUCUUCGGCAACCGUGCCAACAAUAGGACCAUAGCGCGGCUGUUGAACGAGCGGCUCGAGCGCGACGUAUAUUUGCCGGACCUCAGAAACCACGGACUCUCGCCCCACAUCGGACGCCAUGAUUACCCAGCCAUGGCCGCGGACGUGGAACAGUUUAUCCAGGACCAACAUUUUGAGCACGAUCCGAUCAUUGUAGGCCACUCUAUGGGUGCCAAGGUCGCCAUGAGCGUAGUGCUGCGCAAGCCAGAGCUGUGCUCCAUGCUUGUGAGCAUCGACAAUGCGCCGGUCGCGACGAUGCCAACCAUGUCGUUCCCACGGUACGUGAAGAAAUUACUCGAGAUCAUCGAGAAUCCGGCCAUCCGGAGCUUCGCAGACGCCGAUAAGUCGCUGUGCGACAUCGAGGCGUCCCCUGUGGUGCGGCAAUUUUUGCUCACGAUCCUACAAAGGGUCAAAGACGAUAGCGGGGCCUCUCCGUCUGGGUACCGCUUCAAGUCUCGGAUUCCGCUCGGGAUAUUGAACGAUGCGAUUGUGAAGGGAAACAUCGCCAAUUGGGAGUUCAACCCUUGGGUCCACCGGUUCACAUCCCCAGCGCUUUUCAUCCGCGGGACCAAGUCGCACUACGUGUCAGACGAGUGCUUGCACGACGUGAGCCGCUUCUUCCCACGCUUCGAGGUCCGCGAUAUCGACGCCACGCACUGGGUCAACACCGAAAAGCCCAAGGAGUGCAGCGACUUGAUCGCAGACUUUGUCGAGCGGCACGAAGACCUGUGA